AUGUUAGUCCACACCUAUUCCGCCAUGGACCGGCAUGAUGGAGUGCCCAGCCACAGUUCCAGGCUGUCCCAGCUGGGAUCCGUCUCCCAGGGACCCUACUCCAGCGCUCCUCCGCUCUCUCACACCCCAUCCUCGGAUUUCCAGCCGCCUUACUUCCCACCCCCCUACCAGCCUCUUCCUUACCACCAAAGCCAGGACCCUUACUCCCAUGUCAAUGACCCCUACUCCCUAAACCCCUUGCAUCAACCCCAGCAGCACCCCUGGGGACAGAGGCAGAGGCAAGAGGUGGGAUCAGAAACCGGGUCACUGCUGCCACAGCCUCGGGCCUCCCUGCCCCAGCUCUCGGGACUGGACCCCAGGCGGGACUACCACUCAGUAAGGAGGCCAGAUGUCCUUCUGCACUCAGCUCACCAUGGCCUUGACUCCGGCAUGGGGGACAGCCUUUCUCUGCAUGGCAUCGGCCACCCAGGGAUGGAGGAGGUCCAGUCAGUUGAAGAUGCCAAUAACAGCGGUAUGAACUUAUUGGACCAGUCUGUCAUUAAAAAAGGAUCAAUUUCGCUUUUGCCGGUUCCUCCAAAAUCUGUUACUUCUUUGAUGAUGAAUAAAGAUGGCUUCCUGGGUGGAAUUUCAGUCAAUACCGGAGAGGUGUUUUGCUCUGUACCUGGCCGCUUGUCUUUGCUUAGUUCAACUUCAAAGUAUAAAGUAACUGUGGGAGAAGUUCAAAGACGCCUUUCUCCUCCAGAGUGUCUGAAUGCAUCCCUUCUAGGAGGAGUACUUAGAAGAGCCAAAUCGAAAAACGGGGGGAGAUCUUUGCGAGAAAGGCUAGAAAAAAUCGGUUUGAAUUUACCAGCCGGCAGGCGUAAGGCCGCAAAUGUCACUUUACUCACCUCCCUGGUGGAAGGUGAGGCCGUUCAUUUAGCUCGGGAUUUUGGGUACAUCUGCGAAACGGAGUUCCCAGCCAAAGCUGUUUCUGAGUACCUGAACAGACAGCACACGGACCCCAGCGACCUCCACUCCAGGAAAAACAUGCUGCUUGCUACAAAGCAACUUUGUAAAGAAUUUACAGAUCUCUUGGCCCAGGACAGGACACCCAUUGGAAACAGCCGGCCCACCCCUAUUUUGGAACCGGGCAUUCAGAGCUGCUUGACUCACUUCAGCCUCAUCACUCACGGCUUUGGGGCCCCCGCUAUCUGCGCUGCCCUCACGGCCCUUCAAAACUACCUGACUGAAGCUCUCAAAGGCAUGGACAAGAUGUUCUUGAACAACAACACUGCUAACAGGCACACAUCUGGCGAAGGACCAGGUAGUAAAACUGGAGACAAGGAAGAGAAACACAGAAAAUGAGAGAGA